GACAUGCAUAAACAUAAGGUUCAGUUCAGUAUACAGUCGUGCCCCACAUGGAUACAAACGCUGUAGCUACAUUUUUAUCAUUUUCAUCCACGGGUCAGGAGCCUGUCCCAUGCAGCACAAGGCACGGUAGGGGACGCCCUGGAUGGAACGCCAGUCCAUCUCGGGGCACGGUAGGGGACGCCCUGGCUGGAACGCCAGUCCAUCUCGGGGCACGGUAGGGGAUGCCCUGGAUGGAACGCCAGUCCAUCUCGGGGCACGGUAGGGGACGCCCUGGAUGGAACGCCAGUCCAUCUCGGGGCACGGUAGGGGACGCCCUGGCUGGAACGCCAGUCCAUCUCGGGGCACAUACGGACUCACACAAAGUAUCAACAUUUAGUGUCUAAAGUGCUUACAGAAAGUCUUGAGAUGCUAAAUUACAGAAAAAUGUUGCAAAUUUAUUGGUUUCAUUACAAAAGUCCAUUGCAUAAUGUUUAACAUAUCUGCACUUAUCUUCUGCUCAAGCAUUUUCUUUUUAUAGUCAAUUUGUUUUUGACUCACUGAGUUCUGUUUUUGCCAUUUAUGCUAUUAAUUACAAUUAUGGUCGCUGGCUCCCAAAGGGAUACUGAACACAAAUGUUUGGUGUUUUAUGUUAUUGCAAAGAUGUUACAAAAGCACCCAAUGAUGCUUGUCAAUGAACUUCUUAACUCUUUUAGAACUAUAAUCAGAAUCAGAUUCCUUUUUAUUAGGCAAGUAUGUUUCCAAACAAGGAAUUUGCCUGGGUGGGGCUUUUACAAGACAUUACAAAGAACAUUCAAUGUUCAGCAAGGCAUAUAUAGAAAAGUAAAAACACUAGAUAAUUAUUAUAUUACCCAAAUACUAAUCUAACCCUCUAUGGCAUGGUGUAACCCUCAGGCAACAAACCACUAUUUUGGCCCACACACUGCCCCUUUAAAUUUUUACCAAAAAAACAUCACAGUAAAAGUCUGAUGACAAGUCUGUAACCAAUAAAAUUUGAGGUGGGCGUGGAUUUGACCUUUCGUCUGGGGGUGGAACAGUCCUUUUUGCAACCAUAGCCGGCUUGGACACACUGCUAGCAAAAGGAAAUGGAUGCAAGGACAUUUUAUGGGUGUAAGGAACAUGAUCGAGCAGUUAGGCACAUUCCUUCUGACAGUGAGGACAGUGAGCUUGAGGAGAGUGACAGUGAGGAAGAAUGGACACCAGGAUCAGGUUUGAGGGAGAGUUAGGAGAUCAGGGUUCAGUUAGUAGAGUAUGUCAUGAAAAUGUGUGCAUGCUGGUGUUUGUGUGUGUGUGUGUGUUUGUGUGCGCGUGCAUGAGAGGUAUAUGACCUAUUCUAAUUGUAUGAUUCCUUGUUUCUUUUGAAAACAGACGGUCUGUCUGAUGACAAUGAGUCUGUGAAUGAAGAGGAAAAUGAAGAUGAUGUAUCAAAGGAAGAUGUUUCACGAUUACCCCGCUGGAGAACACACCACAGUACCAUCAUCACUGAUUACCCAGAAUGGCAGGCCAGCCUUCCAAAAUCAGACAAUAUCAUGUCCCCCUAUGAAUACUUCAAGAUGUUUUUUUCUGAAGACAUAUUGGAAGUAGUUGUAGAGCAGUCAAAUUUAUAUGCCAUUCAGUGUGAUACCAACAAGCCCCUAAACCUCACAACUAAAGAACUGGAGCAGUUCAUGGGUACAGCGGUGUAUGUCAUUGUUUGGAUUACCAGGUACCCGCAUGUUUUGGAACAAAGCCACUCGAGUGUCCCAGGUAGCUGACACCAUAACACUAAACAGAUGGGAGUUUAUAAAAAAAUCCCUGCACUUCAACAACAAUGAAGUGAAACAAGGAGAAAAUCUUGAUCCACUCCACAAAAUCCGACCACUGGUCAUUCACCUUACCUCGAGGCUGCAGACAAUCCCAAUGUCUGAGAAGCUGGCUGUAGAUGAGCAGAUGGUCCCCUUCAAGGGAAGAAAUAGACUCAAGCAAUACCUGCCAUCAAAACCAAAGAAAUGGGGCUACAAGAUACUCAUCUUAGCUGGCUCUGAUGGUGUCCCACACAAUUUUGAGAUUUAUACAGGGAGAGCUGUGCAACCCCCUGAGCUGCCAGAUGUAGGAGCAAGUGGCAACGUUGUCCUCCGCCUGGCCCAACCAAUACCCACGCAGCAGAACUACAAGAUGUUCUUUGACAACUGGUUCACGAGUGUCCCUCUCAUACUCACACUUGCUCAGCAGGGAAUUCACUGUACUGGUACUGUUCGUAGCAACAGACUACCAGGUGUCAACUUGAUGUGUGAUGCUGAGUUGAAGAGAACUGGACGUGGAUCUUUUGAACAGAAGACGGCUAAGGUUGGAGAAACCACCUUGCAUGUUGUGAAGUGGUAUGAUAACCGUUCAGUCAGUCUUCUCAGUAAUUACAUUGGAGCACACCCAGUCACCAAGGUUGAUAGGUGGGAUGGCAAGCAAAAAAAAAUCAUUCAAGUCCCCUGUCCAGCUGUGGUGAGAGAGUACAAUAAGAAUAUGGGUGGGGUGGAUCAUUGCACUGUACCGCAACAAAAUCAGGUCGAAGAAGUGGUACCACCGGCUGAUGUUCCACCUUAUCGACAUGACCAUCGUGACUGCCUGGCUGCUCUACAAGAGAGACUGCAGCAGUGCUGGGAUGAGAAAAGACGAACAGAUGAAGCUUUACACGUUUAAGUCAUAUAUUGCAGAAAGCUUGUGCAAAAGUGGCAAGAAUCUGGAACGUAAGAGAGGUCGUCCCAGUUCCACAAUUGCUGGGGAGUAUGAAGAAAAGAGGAGAAGAGGACCCGCUACACCUAUUCCAGUCCCUGAUGUGCGUCUGGAUGCCACAGCCCACUGGAUGGUCAUGGAUGAAAAGAAAGGGAGAUGCAAGGUACCCGGAUGCAAAGGUAGACCUAAAGCCAAGUGCCAAAAAUGUGGCGUGCAUCUGUGUUUCACAUCCACCAGCAACUGCUUCCUGAGGUUCCAUACAGAAUAAUAUAGACUGUGCUUUGUAGGGUUGGAGAAACACUGAUUCAGUCUGUACCCCACAGGAACAUACAUUCAGAAACACAAACAUACACUGUAGCUAAUCUCCAACACACAGAUUGAUAAACCAUCCACUGAUGAUUGUUGAAAUAAAACUUGUUGAAAUUGUUGUUGUCGUUGAAAUAAAACUUUUAAAAUUAAUUUAUUGCUUGUUUGCUUCUCAUUCAACUUAUUAUAUAAUAUACAAAACCUUGGCGUUUUAGUACCCUUGUAGCAUCUUGUUGCCCUGAGACAACAGACCAAAAUCUG